UCUAUGUAAAAAAAAUUUCUUUUUUAAAUUUGGGAUUCUAAAAAAAAAUUAGGAGUGUAUUUGUAUAUAUUUUUUUUAAAAAUAACUGGGGACACAUGGCGAAUGUUUUACUUAGUAUGACCCUUCAAACAAGAUAUUAUUGGUUAGUUUUCCAAGAAUUCUAACAUACUCAUCUAUUAAUUUAUAAUAUUUGUAUCUUUUAAUAUUUUUAGAAUUUUUGGUUAGAUUACUCCCAAUGAGGAUGCUUUUAAAAGUUAUAUUUGAACAUCUUGAUAAUGCACAAAAUUUUAAGAGUAAAAUUAUUAGAAAAUAAAACUUGUAAUAGUAUGAUUUUUUUGGGUUUAGUGAAAUGUUAUUGGAUUAAAGAUAUGGGCCUAGGCCCAGUUUAGUCGAUUCCUACAAGUUUCGACGACAGCUAAGUAGGGCAAACGCUCGAACCGUCGGAGAGAGAGAAGAAAAUAGAGAUGGGAGGGAAAGGUAAGAAGAGGAGAGAGAAGAACUAUUUGGCAUCUCACGGCGGACCGGCGAGACUCCCACCGCCGCCUGAUCGUUCGAAGCAAGAUGCUCUUCCUUCCAAGCUCCGUGUUCUCAUGAACUACACCUCUCCUCCGCCUCCUCAAGAUUCUACUAAACAACUUGUAGAGAAGAAAGAGAAGAAAGCUAAAGCUGGAGUUGAUGCUGCCAAGGUGAAGCCUGGGAGUGAAGCAAAGUCUGAAGCAAAGGCGGUUGAAGAAAGCAAAUCUGAGGGCAACACAGCCUCCCCUGAUCAGGAGAAUGAUGGAGAGGAUAUAGUGCUGAACAAGGGAGAUGAAAAGAAGAAGAAAAAGAGAAAGAGGAAUGAGAUUAAGGACCUUCGUUUCGAACAGGAACUUGCGGAGUUGGAUGGUCGGUCCAAAAGGAAAGAGCGCAAGAAGAAGUAUUGGGAGGCCAAGAAGCAAAAGAAGAAAGGGAAGACUGAAGAUACACUCCGAGAAAACUUCCCAAAGCAUGAACAGAUCAGAUUUGGUGAUGUGGUUCAAGCUCCACCAAAGCUGGCCGUUGUUCCAAAGGCAAGAAAGACUCCUAUGAGUGCUUCAAAGGAGAGGCUGCGAUUAGAGGCCAUUGAAGCUUACAGAUCUCGCAAUGGAUGGACCUCUAGACCAGGCGUUCAGAUUCCUACCGUGACCAUGCAAUAAGAUGGGGGCCAUGAUCUCAGUUUUGUGUACUAGCUGGCUGUAAAACUAGUUCGGAUUCUAACGUUGUGAUAGUUGAAUUUUCCAAACAUCUCUUUCUAUAUGUAAAAGUGGAUUUAUUUAAUUUUGAGUUCAAUGAAAAAUUUUGGUGUUUACUUCCA